CACCCUUUCUAUCACCCACGCUCAGCAUCCACUUUUCUAUUCUUUUUUGAAAGCAACAAAAAAUUAAAGAAAAAAACGAAAAAUAACCAAUUUUAUAAUAUGCAAAAGUACUAAGUGGCACAUGGGUAUCCAUUCCUUUCAGAUUUUUAUUAUGCUUUCUGUCUGCAACCAAAGUAGUUCUGUGUAUAUUUGUAUGCAGGGAUGCGGCAAUGCCAAUUUUUACACUUUCAUACAAAUUUCGGACUUGGCUCCACAUGCUCACACUGGGGUUUUUGGCUUAGUAGCUCCUUCAACUUUGACUGUUACAAAGCAAUCCGCGGUAUUCAAUUUUUAUUACGCUCUCCUUCUCCUCUCAUUGACGCUCUCUAAAACUCGUUGCCGUUAAUGUCAACGUCUCAUUUUUAAAAGCAAUUUGGUUUUUU